UCCAACAAAAUCACCAUGCUUAUCAUAAGGACAUCGUGUUGAACUUAGAGUACUUUGGAGCUCACACAAUCCUCUCUCUCUCACGGCCCUGAAAAUGCCUUCUAAUUGCUAUUACCGGUCAUGAGGAAUGUUCUCCUUGAGAUAUGAGAACCGUCCCAGGCAACACAAGAGGAGGGGGAUUAUUCCUAAUCAUUGCAACCAGGCUCCUUCGCGGCAGCUUCCUCGGCGAGAUUAGAGUUCCAGGGCCAUGCUAAUGACAUCCUUCCUGGCGGAUUUCAAAUUAUUGGCUGAAUAAUCUAACACUCUGCCAUCUUGGAUUUUGGAUCGCUAGCGGAAACUAGUUCAGAGAUACGCGUACGCCCAAAGGAAUCUAUCGGAAACCAAACAAACACGUAUCCAGUGAGGCAGAGCGCAGAAUACUGGAGAGAGAGAGAGAGAGAGAGAGAAUCAAGCGGGCCCUUGUUAUGCUAGUCCGUUCUUUGUAAGUUGGUAACCCCAACGGUGCCAGUUUUUGUUUGCUUGCAUCCUAAACCUUAUUCGCUAUCUAUAAAAGCAGGUUAUAUUUUUCAAAAAAAAAAUCAAGCGGACCCCGGGAACAUGAUGCACGGUGCCAUUCUUUGUCCUCGAGCACAAAUGUAGUAUUCUUUUAUCAAGUAGACAUAUUUGAGGGAAAGAUGGGCAUAUAAUACCACAUCAAUAAUGCUAGAACCAGAAGAUGUGACUGAGCACAGGAAGAUAUAAUUCCUCUUCAUGCUACUCUUACAAAUGGCUACAUUUUUUGAGACUUAAUUAUUUUGAUUGUUUCAAAAUUAGGUGGUUAUACAGUUAUAUUCAGCUCUAAUAUCUUAGAAUUGCUAGAAAGCACUGAACCAAAAAUCAAUCAGUUAACUGUUUUGGUUUCAGGCAAACUCAUUAUCUCGUUCAUGAUCACCAACAAGAAGUAUUCUUUAAAAAAAACAAGAAGUUUAUUAAAAAAAACAAGUACUGUGGCAUACUGCAUGUAGCUCGGUACAUGAACGGUAUAGGAAAGUAUAAGAAUUUAAUAUUUUACUACUUAGGUUCUGUUUGGAAUCUAAAAGUACCACAAGAAUUUACACAAAACGAUGCAAGUGUCGUGUUCCAAAAUUUUGCCUACAGCUCUGCACACCACACAAAUUUGAAAGUUUUAUGUGGAAGAAGACUGUGUGUACCUUAGCCUAAACAGGACGUACUUAUUUGUACGAGCAGCCUCACUAUUCAAUUCUUUUCUUCAAGCAUUAUUCAAUCCCCGGAGCCAGCAGGAUAGCUAUGACUUUGAGAUGGCAGCAUGGCAGAACCCCCAGGUCCACUUCCACUUGGCGCGCUAUAUAUAGGCGCCGCGAGCCUCCCCCACACCCAUCACAAGGAGUUCUUCCGAGUUGCAAUCAAGAAGCCCAGCUGUGCCCACGCCCAGCGGUCGGGCACCACCAGUCACCACCGCCGACGACGACGACAGCGACAUGGGCAACAGCUUGCGGUGCUGCCUGGCCUGCAUGGUCCCCUGCGGCGCCCUCGACGUCGUCCGCAUCGUGCACCUCAGCGGGCACGUCGACGAGUUCAGCUGCCCGGUGGCCGCGGCCUCCGUGCUCGCCGCGAACCCCAACCACACGCUCACCACGGCGUGGUCCCCCACCGGCGCGCCCGGGUGCGCCUCCAAGAAGCUCGUCAUCGUGUCGCCCGACUCCGAGCUCAAGCGCGGCCGCAUCUACUUCCUCAUCCCCUCGGCCACCCUGCCGGCGGACCGGCGGAGCAAGAAGCAGGGCGGCUCCAAGAAGAGCGGCGGCGGCGGCAAGCGGCCGGGCCGCCACCACCACGCCAAGAAGACCGCCGGCGACACGGCGGAGCAGGACAACUACCUGAGGGAGCUGCUGUCCGAGAAGACCGCGUCGAGCGGCGGCCACCGGAGGCGGCGGAGCGGCGCCCGCGUCGGCGUGUGGCGGCCGCAGCUGGAGAGCAUCGUGGAGGAGGCCUCGGAUUAGAGAGCUCGAAGAGCUCCCUUCCCUCUUCUCCUCCGUCUCGCCUAUUCUUUUGGUUUUCUUUCCGAUCUGCCGAUGUGAAUACCCCGAUCGAGGACGUGUCUCCGUCCGGCCGGUUCUAACCUCUCGAUACCCUGACGACUCUGUAUUGCGAUGUCCAAAGGGUUGAGCGGUCUUUAGCUCGGGAGAUGAGGGGGGAAACUGUGACAAAAUAAUUGUAAGAGCCCCAAACUGUACAGAGAUUUGGUUGAGUUCAUCCGAAAUUUCAAGCAAAUUUGUCACU